GGGAGGCUUCCACAGCAUCACACAUCAUCAGCUACUCCUCCGAGACAACCCACCAACACAGCAAAAUGAAACUCUUUGUGGCUAUGUGCGCUCUGGUAGCGGUCGCGUCCGCCGGGCAGGUGCGCGAGAAGCGCGGCAUACUCGGCGGGUACAGCGGCGGGAUCGGAUACAGCGGCGGAUACAGCGGCGGCUACAGCGGCGGAUACAGCGGCGGUUACAGCGGCGGAUACAGCGGUGGCUACAGUGGAAUCAGCUACUCAGCACCUGUGAUCGCCUCCGCUCCCAUCGUAUCCGCCCCUAUCGUGUCCGCGCCCCGGGUGGUCGCAGUAAACCGCGUCGUGAGCGUACCGAGGGUGGUCAGCGUGCCCCAGGUGGUUCAAGUCCGUAAAGUGGUCAACGUGCCGCAGGUGGUGACCGUCAAGAAAGUGGUGGCGGGCGCCAGCUACGCCGCGCCCGCAGUCGCCUCGUACGGUGGCGGCUACGGCGUCGGCGGAGGCAGCGGGUGGUGGUGAACUGUCAGCGGCGGAAACUAGUCAUACUGUUAUACCAUUACUAUAUCUAAGUAGAAACUUAUCAUUUAUUUUGUACAGGCUUUAAUAAUAAAAAAUACGUGUUUGAUAUAAUUUUUUUUAUUUCUAAUAACUAUAUUAUUAUAU